AAAACAUUGAUGGUAAGAAUGAAUUAAAGUAUGAUUGGUAUGUUCGAUGUAUAGAAAAGUUUAAUCAGGUAUAUGCCACGCUAAUCACGGAAAUGGCUAGAUCAAAUGGGAAGUUUAACACGAAAACCCUGAAGGUAGAUGACAAUAGCAAAAACUACCACGGUAGUUAG